AUAAUAAUAAUAAUUGAAUAACGUACCUGAGGAAUUCCAACAGAGAUUUGGUUCUCAACUCGCUUUUGGAUCUCCUCCAACUGUUCUUUUAGCUGCGUCAGGUCUUUCAGCUGUUUCAGGGGAUCCUAAAAAUAACACUUUUUUUUCACCACGCAAUGACAGUAAUUCUGCACAAGUGGUGCAAAAAUGCAUGCUAUUUAUGGUCGUUGCAGCUGACAGAGUAAAAGUUGAACAGAGUUUACCGACCAUAUAACGUCACUAGAGAUAAGUUAAGUCAUUAUUAAAAUAAGUAAAUUCACAAUAAAUGUGCGGUUAAUAUUUUUCUUUCCAUUGCUCCUCGUAAUAAUAAUUCUAAACACAUUAUUGAUUAUGAGUGACUGCAAAAAAAACAGUACACCGCUUCACUCACCUUGUCAUCCGCCAUUUUUUCGCAUCGAAUUGAUCGGUGUUCAACUACAUAGCCUGGGAUAAGCGUUUUGAUUAGUUAGGUCUGAGUUCUUUUCCGGGUUAGAAUUCUGCACCCUGAAUCAUAAUAAAGCUAUACGAUCAAAUUCGAACAAAACAUUUUCAUCUUACUUCUACGUUGUGGUUGUCGUUAAUGUACAAAUCCGAUAGACGCAUGUCAUCUUUAGGAGAGGCUCCUCAAUGCAAGUGUCACCUUCACGCGUCAAAAACGUCCUCUCUGAUUGGCCAGUGUUUCCGUGUUCACGCAGCUGAUUGGCUUAGAGCCUUAGCAAGAAAUCGCCAUGUUUUUUUGCCAGUCGAUGGCGAACGAACCUGCAUUUUUCAGACAUUAAACCAGCCAAAUUCAAUACUCUAGCGAUAGCGUUUGAAAUGUAUCAAUGUUGUUAACAAUGUUAACAAUGUUUUACCUUCUUGGUGUGUUUUACAUCUGUUCCAAAGCACCGUGAAGCGCUUCGGGCCAUUCGAGAUCCUGGGUCAUCAUGGACAAAGUAGAAUUAUAUGAGGUAGUGAAGGUGACAGAGGAGGUGGAGAGCACAGACGUACAAACACCUUCCCUCAUGAAAAGAAAGCGUAAAACUAAGGAAGGAAACGAGUUGAAAUCAAAGAAACCCAGGUCCGCGUACCUGCUGUACUACUUCGAUGUUUAUCAGAUUAUCCAACAGGAGACACCAAAUCAGCCACAAUCUGAGAUCAACAAGCGAAUCAGUGAGAGCUGGAAAAGGCUCAGCGUGGCGGAGAAAGGCUACUAUCUGGAAAAGGCCAAGUCGGAGAAGGAGGGUACUAAUACAUUAUCCCACAGCCCCUCCAAAGACCUCCCCGGCUUCCGUAAAAUCCGCCCAAGAGCUAGUUACCUCAUCCUCGCCGAAAAUCAGCAGGCAGGAUGCUCUCAGGCAGAAGCUCCAGAUCCUCCAGCCGAGGGAGGCGUGUCAUCUUUGACUCCAAAGAAGCCGCAAAGAAGCAUGCCUGGCUUGGCCUGCAAGGUGGAGGUUUGUCAGAAGUCCACCGUUCUGGAUAACCUCGGGAAGCACACGCAAGACGCGUCAUCAACAAUCCCGGGAAGCGCAUCGUCCUCUUCAUCGCCCAUCACAUCCGCGUCCCCGGCUUCCACAGAUGUUUCUUUCUCACAGAGCUCUGUGGAUGCUACGGUAAACGGUGUUGGAGUGAAAAGAAGCGAGAUGAGAGAUACUGCUGGUGUUAACAGUAUGAUGGCGGUGCAGCAAAUACAAGGGGAGAUGACGCAGAUGGUUGCCAUCAUCCCCAAUCAGGCUGGGGUUAACUCCUUUAGUCCUGUAAUGAUGCUUUCUGUGGGAGCCAAAGAAGAGCAAGAAGCUUCGCCUUCAUACAAGAUGUCUGUGAAGACAUACACCAGAAGAGGUCGUGGGAGGUGUCUAAAUCCUAGCUGUUCAUUUGUCUACGUCACCCGCCACAAGCCGACCAAAUGUCCCGAUUGUGGGAGCCAUCUUGGCGGCAAAUGGACACCUGCAGCAAAGAAAAGCAAACAAAAACCUCCAGGUCUCCAAGAAACCAAGGCUAUGUCCGAUGCGGCCCAAGCCAAGUGUGCUUCAAGCUGCCAGGCCGCAACACAGGAGAGGAAUGCCGAUGUGGGUAAAAGCAAAGUGAGAAGAAGAGGGCGGCCCAAAAAGCAAUGCAGCAGUGCAGUUACAGCUGAUCAGACACUAGAGGGCAUCAUUGAGUCACAGGAGAAAACACGGCAUGUGAAAGAAAUAACAGUCCGAAGGCAAGAUGGCGUGCAGAAGAGGCCUGUAAGACCCAUCUUACCUGCCUGUUAUAGCACAGGUCAUACUUUGUUCCAGGUCAUCACUGUUCCACCUGCAAGUGGAACAUUUCAGACAGCAAACAGCAAAUCACAGAUCGAACCACACGCGAGUUUCUCAGGUCUCAAACCUCUCACCUUGAAACAACUCGGUCAGGAGGUCCCAGCCAAGCAGGGUUCUCUUGUGUCUUCAAGUCCGACUGUUGCUUCACUACCUGAAAAGAAAACAACCGUUGUCUCGGUCGUGCCUUUCACUAAGGUGACGGUUGGCGAUUUUGUAAGUGACCUGGGACUGUCUACAGCAAGAGGCAGGGGUCGCUGUACAAACUUGCUGUGCAGCUACAUGUAUAAAAACAGACACAAGCCAUUAGUGUGCCCUAAAUGUGGCUACGAGCUGUCCCAGAGGAACCCCAAAGGAACCAAGUCAACGAAACUGGUUGAUCCACACCGGCCGCUGAGUCCCGCUCAGAAAGACCUGCAGCGCCAAUCCACUUUGCAGCUCCUUCGUCAUUCCCUGCAGAUUCCCGAGAGCGAGGCUGAGCUCCAGGAAACGCUAAACCUCAUCCAGGAGCUCAACAGUCUUCAAAUUGUCUUGGUUCAAUCGGGACAGCAGGAGCAGGAGCAGGAUGGCGAUGUCGAGACGGAGACCCUGGUGGAGACCGGCUGGCCUCAGUUUUAUGAAUCAUCUGCCACACAUUGUGGCCUGUGCAAUGGAACUCUUUACAAAGGAGCUCAGGGCACCAUCGCAGGACAGGAGGACUGCUGGCUACUUACUGAGGCGCUCAUCCAGACGGCAUCUCUGCAGCUCAAAGUGUGUCUCAAUGCACAAUGUCUGGCUCUGCACAGCUUCACAGACCUGCAUCCAGGUUUGUUCAACAUUGGAAACAGACUUCUUAUUAGUAUCGAUCUGUUGCUGAAGAUGCGAACCAAAAUCAGAAUGGGACACCCACCCUCUCAGGUUGCCACGACCGUAUUGGACCACGCCCCCAAUCACCCUGUACACACCUUGAGUCCGGAGGAGAUGUCCCAAAUUCAAGAGCUUCUCCUGGUGGGCUACUGGGCCUUCGAGAGCCUGACAGUGCGAGAUUACAACGACAUGAUCUGCGGCGUUUGUGGCGUCGCUCCCAAGUUGGAGAUCGCCAGGCGACACCCGGACAAUGUGCUGGAGCUGAGGAACGUGGAGUUCACCUGGCCCCAGGCCGCAGUGUCAGACGAGGUGCACGUGGAUGACUUCUGGCUGACCAUGGAGAGCGAGGCCAUCGAGCAGGCAGCUUUCCCCGCUGACAUCCCCAUCACGCGGAUGGAUGCUUCCAUCAUCGCCCCCUUCAUCCCACCACUGAUGAGGGGCCAGGCUGUCAUCAACACGGAAAAGGAUAAGAUCAUGACACAACCACAGCUGCCUUCAGGAGAUCCGUCAGUUUUGGUGCGUCUUUUUCACGACGGUGAGCUGAAACCCGACAAGAUGGAAGAUCACACUGAGGAUGAGCUGAGAGCUAUUCUGGAACGCUGCGGGGCGAGCAUCUCCCCGGACUCAACUAAGAAUGAGCUGCUCUCUUCACUGAUCUCCAUGUGCACGCUUGCUCACAGCGGCCUCCCCUCGGCCCCCCAGCCCCCUCAACACCUCACUGCCGGCAAACUGUCUAAAGUCUGCCCCCAUAAGGUCGUGUGCGGUUCCAAGUACUUGGUGAGAGGAGAGACGGCGCGGGACCACGUGGACCUGCUACUGUCCUCUCGUUACUGGCCUCCGGUCUACGUUAGCGACUGCGCUCGGCAGGUGGCGCUCUGUACGGACAUGCAGUACCCAGAAACGGCCGCUCAGAUGUGGGGGAGGAACCAGGGCUGCUUCUCUGACCCUUUUAACCAACCUGAGCUGGUGUCAUGUGGAGAGCUGCAGGAGAAGCCCUACACCGCAGACCUCUCCGUGUUGGAGGACAUCCAGCAGCUUCACCCACUCACAAAAUCUUCCUCUUGUUGGCUGGUGCAUCCUCCUAAACCAUCUCAGAGGCAGGAGAGCGCCCUCCCGGAGCACCAUUCCAUGGCCCUGUGCAGAGACCUGGAGCCCCUCAUCGGCACCGUGAUUGCAAUUGACAAGGAAGAGAACGAGGAGGCGGCGGCGGAGAGCGAUGAGAGUUCAGCCGAGUGUUCUUCGGUGAACCGUUUGAGGACACAACCCGUGGCUUUCAACAACCCGGCACAUUACUACCUUUACAACCGUCUGCUGGAUUUUCUUUCCAGCAGGGACAUCGUGAGUCAGCAGAUCAGCCAAGUGGUGAAGCUGUGCCAACCCGGAGAGGUCGUCAUCCGGGACGCUUUGUAUCGCCUGGGAGUGGCAAACAUCAACACGGAGAGGGACGAAGGUGAAAAAAGUGUGUCGGAGGAAGACAUUGAAAAAUGUGAUUGAAGGACCACCUCAUGAAAGAAAACGGUAGAACAGCAAAACAUCCCCACAUAUAGGGUAAAUGUAAACACGUUUAAAUUAAACAAGUCAUUAUUUAUUAAGUGACCAUUUGUUUUUAAUGUGCAUUGAGAUUUGUAAAAAUGAUCUGGAACGCCUGUUGUAAAUAUUGAUAUAUUAAUAUUUUACAGUUCUGGUGAGAUUGUAUUUGUCACACUGUUCCACUCACCGUCAGUACUACUUCCACAGCCCUGCCUGAUACUAUAUAUUACUGAUACUACACACAGUAGGUAUGAAGAUACGGUAUAUAUAUAUAUAUAUAUAAAGCAUGGGUCUCAAACAUGCGGCCUGCGGGCCAAAUGUGGCCCACAGGACACUACUUUGAGGCCCCCGCCGUGAUAUGAAAGUUUAAUGUUAGUGCGGCCCGCUCAAGUUUGAUAUGGAUGCUGUAUGGUAUCAUGUACCCAGAAAAAAUUAUUACGUUUGAUUAAUGUUCAUGUUAAAGGUUAAAUAACUGUUAAUAGUUAUCCUCCCUAUCCGUGUGGAAGUGGUAAGUUUUUGGCUAUUUAAGUUUAAAGGAAAUAUAACUUGAAGGCUACCGUUUAGGUCGCUAGCUCUCUAGUUUGCGAGUUAGCACGUGUCUCAAGACCCCGCAGCUGCGCAAUAUGUUGUAAAUAAAAAGAGUAUAAAUGUGACUAUAGUCGUGUUUUGUCAUGUCUACAGGGCUCUAAUAAUGCUUUGUUCAUUUUAAUCUGAAAAAAAUCAUUUGUCUACCCACCAACUAUAU